AGACCAUGAAACAUCAUUCUUCUUAAUUCACUUUAUCAUCAAUCACCAACCACGACGAUCCCCUCAACCGAACCCCCUUUCAACGAUCCUCUGGGUGAUUCUACCUCGUCACUUUAGGCACCUACAUCGAUACAUUGCGACCAAUCCAGAUUGAUCGCUCAACAGAGUCAACCUACAACCAACCCCCUCUAGCCUCCACCCCCGGACCCUAUCAUCAUAAUGUCGAAUCGACAACUCGCCCGCGACACACAAGUCGAAUUCCAAGCUCGCUUCCAAGCGAAGCAAGCACGGCGAGAGGCGCAAAAGGCCGCGAAGCAGGACCCGCUUCUCAAGAAGCAGAUCCAGGACCUGCUGAAGAAGGGCGACACCGCGAAGGCGUAUCAAAAGGCCAAGAUGCUGCUCUCGAAGCAGGCUCUCGCCCAGCAGAUGGACCAGAUGGCCGACAUGGCGGAGCUGAGCGUCGCCCAGAUCCAGGCCAACAACGCCAUGAACCGCAUGACGCACAUGAUGGGCCAAUCCUCCCGGACUAUGACCGCGGCCCAGCGCAACAUGAACCCCGAGCGUACCCUCAUGACGCUCGAGCAGUUCAAGCAGCAGAACGAGGAAUACGCCGUCAACAACGGCAUCUACCAGGACGCCAUCUCGCAGACGACCUCGCAGCAGGUGUCCGAGGACGCCGUGCACGAGCUCCUCGGCAAGCUCGCCGACGACGCCGGCGUCCAGCUCAACUCCCAGCUCAACUCCGCCCAGCCCAGCAAGGCCGAGCCCGCCCUGCCCCAGGCCAACGAGCCCACCGCCGAGGAGGAGGACGCCCUCCAGCAGCGCCUGCGCGCCCUCAGGGCUUAGAAAGCCGAUGGCGAUGAUGGCGGCGGCGGCAGCGGCGGCGGCGGAGGUGGCGGAGAUGAGGGGGAG